ACCAUCUACAAAAUCCCUCAGAACCCCGAAAAACUUUUGCAAAAUCAACAGAAAUCACCAAUUGCCAACAUGUCUCUUUCCAAUAAGCUGUCAAUCACAGAUGUUGACCUCAAGGGAAAGCGGGUCUUGAUCAGAGUCGAUUUCAACGUCCCUCUCGAUGCUGAUAAGAAAGUUACGAACCCUCAACGUAUUGCUGGAGCCGUCCCAACAAUCAAAUAUGCGAUUGAUCAUGGUGCGAAGGCCGUUAUCCUCAUGUCGCAUCUCGGUCGACCAGAUGGAAAGGUCUCUGCCAAGUACUCUUUGAAGCCUGUUCUCCCAGAGCUAGAGAAGCUCCUCGGAAAGAGUGUUGAGAUGGCACCAGACUGCGUUGGCCCAGAGGUUGAGGCUAUUGUCAACAAGGCUAGUGGCGGACAAGUUAUCCUUCUGGAGAACUUGCGUUUCCACGCUGAGGAGGAAGGCAGCUCUAAGGAUGCUGAUGGAAAGAAGGUCAAGGCAGACAAGGCCAAGGUUGAGGAGUUCAGAAAGGGUUUGACUGCAUUGGGUGAUAUUUAUAUCAGUAAGUUUUCAGACGGGCCACUUCUACAAGGUAUAGCUAAUUAUGCUACAAGAUGAUGCUUUCGGAACUGCACACCGAGCUCACAGCUCUAUGGUCGGUGUUGAUCUGCCGCAAAAGGCUUCUGGUUUCCUUAUGAAGAAGGAAUUAGAGUACUUCGCAAAGGCUCUAGAGAACCCUCAACGCCCUUUCUUGGCUAUUCUUGGUGGA